CGCCUGCGAAGAGCAGUAGCUGCAUUUCCUGAAUGUUUUACUAAGAUUCCCUUGCUGUAUUUACGAUGUCGUUUGAAUGGAAAAGAUGUGCUUGCAUUAGUUGACACAGGUGCUCAGACAUCAAUAAUUUCCAUGGAAGCAGUGAAGAAAUGCGACAUGGUCGAUGCGGUUGACGACCGAUUUCGUGUGAUGGCGAACGGCGUUGGAGGCACGCGAUCAUCGCUUGGUCGCAUUCUU